AUCAUCUAGAAGGGCAACAACUGACAUCUUUUAACCGGAAGUAAGUCAUUUUCUCACGCGGGAUGAAUGAAAACAUUGCAAACAUUAGACCUAGAUGAUAUAAGUGGAGAUGGUGAUAGGAAAUGUAACUGACCCUGUAGUGGACAAAGCAUGGAGAAAACGCCGUUCAUGGAAGAAGUCAAGACAGUCCCUGUUCUGGUUUGGGGUUAAUUUGUUGCUGUCCUUACUUCUGUAUUAUGAGCUAAAUUUCAACACAAUAGGGUCCUGCUUUGAGGUGAGCCAUCCACUUCUCUGGUAUACAGAAUGUGCACUGAUAGUGGUAUUCUUGUUUAACACUCUGGCUAAUCUGAUGGUAUAUGUACGUCCGUAUCUCAUGCCGAGCACAGUGGAGGUGACUGAUGGACAAAAAAAGUUGCUUGGUGUUAAAGACACAGAACUUGGAUUUCGAGUAUCCCCAAGGAAAUCUCCAAGCUCUGUUUCCUCAGAAGGCAGUCUGAUAUUUGCCAGCACUCCCUCAGGACAAUCUAGUUUCUCCAGCAGUGGCAGUCCGCGGUCUGUUGGUCAUGUCACCCCCACCAACGUUGGGGCCUACCCGGGUCACAUGAGCUUUGGGAUUCCAUCUCCUUCUGUGUCAUUUGGAUCCUAUGGUUCCCCGAGUACAUCAUACGAUCGAAUGCCAGUCCAGAACCUCAGCAGUCUUAGUGUUGGACCUAACGCCAGCUUUGGAUCCCACAAUGCAUCUAUGUCUCCCGGAAUGUCCUACUCACACAACAUGUCAUACUCCCCAGGGGUAUCUUUCUCCUCCCAGGGGCUCAACCUCUCCCAGGGGUCGGGCCUUCACAGCAGCCUUGAAAGUAGCGGUCUUCGGUCGCGGCACUCGCUCUCUUCAUUUAAACAUUCUCCAGUGAUGUCGUAUGACCAGGGACAGAUUACAGACCAACAUUCUCUCACACAGUUCCUCAAGGAGCAGGAGGAGAAGGACACAAAAAAAGCUCUAAGUUCACCUGAUGCAAACAAUACAGGAGGUACCUCGUUCUGGAGUUACGGUCGAUCGGCCAUGGACUACACUCACGUCCUCCGGAAAUAUAUGUACCAACUGGCUACAAGAUCACCACAAUCCAGUACGGCACGUAACAACGAUAACGACCAGUCCUCCUCCUAUGGCGGCGAUGAUGUGUGGAGUAAGCGUGGAGUGACAGAAGAUGACCUUUACUUGUGGACUGAGCAUCUGAGGAAGUGGAUAUGUCAGACGGUUGUGUCGAGACUAGCCCAGGAAAUCACUAAUGCCAAUGCAAAGUUGCGCAGAAUUGGAUCGGAGGAUACAGAAAUUGGAGAGGUGAGUGUGUCCACAUUAAAACAACUGGCACUGACUAAAGGUCCCCUGCUGCCCACACUGAACUCCAUCGUACCAUACCUAGAUAUAUCCUCUAACCAGGAGUACCUCGUUCGUAGGAUUCUUGAUCUUGGUAAAGAUGGCUGUAUGAGUGAGUUUAGCUGGCAAGGUGGUGGCUAUUAUGGAAAAGCUUGGGGAGAACAUCUACCAACAGACGCAGGAAUUGUGAUGCACUUAUUGUGCACUUACUUGGACUCGAGGUUACCACCACAGCCGAAAUACCCAGAUGGCCGGACAUUCACUACACAGUAUUUUGUAAAGACACCAGACAAGCCAAAUUUAGAGAAAGAGGACACAUUGUGUAUAUACCAAUCCUCUAUCAAUCCACCACACUUCCAGGUGGUCACUGGGAAAUCCAUACUCAAUCUGCCAAAGGGUCGCAAUAACAUGUUCCAGGCAUUACUGCUAUUUCUGCACGUUGUAAAGACAAAGGAGCAUGGUAUGCUAGGGAGGGUGAAUCUAGGAGCAUCUGGAGUCAACAUGCUGUGGAUAUUUAGCUGACAUUUCACUGAAAUCUACUCUCCUUUGCUUUUUCUUUCUGCUGUGAACAUUUUAUAAAAAUAUCAGACAAGCAUCAUUCACAAGUCUGGGCCCAUGCUCUGUGUAGCAUGUCAAUUAAAUGUUUGUUAGAAUUACGCUGUCUUACCUAUACCUAUGUCAGUACUGAAAAUUUCAGGUAACUUUUACAGUCAAACCUGCCUUAAAGGCCACCUGUAUAUAACACAAACUUGCCUAUAAAGGCUGCCUUUAUAUAACAAAUACCUGUCUAUAAUAGACACCUGUGUCAGUACCCCAUGUAGCAUUGCUAAUGUUUGUAUUUUCAUCAAUCAAAAUUUCAUGAAAAUCAUCUGAAUGGCUAGGACGUCCUGACGUCUUCUUCGCCACAUGAUCACAUUUCCUAUUUAGAAGUAAAGUAGUUUCGUUCGUUUUUGGGUGUUAUCAGGACAAAGAUAGGGAUUUAAAGACAUUUUUGAGACAGAAGAAGAAAUUUCAUGCAAUUUCAGAAGUAUUUCUAAUUUUUAAAAGUGGGCAAGUUUGUCCGCUUUCUUCUUGAUUAUGACUUCUGCUUACGUUUUAAAACUCAGAAAGUCGCUGAAAAAGGUCGCUUUUAGUAUUUGGACACGGAAAUGAUUGUCGUUAGUCGUGUCUGACAGGUGUUCGCUUAAUUCAGGUCACUAGUAUAGUAAAUAAUGUUGGGAGGGAAAAAUACGGUCACAUAUGAGAGGGGGUCGCUUAAUUCAGGUGGUCACUAAGGUAGGUUUGACUGUACAUGUAUAUUUAACCUCUAUAAAGGCCACCUUUCUCGGAUUCCUUGAGUGGGUUUUUUUUGUACACAGUCCUAACUGCCAGCUGUGUGGUCUGAGGUACAUACUUUGAUGCUCCUUACCUGUGGCGGUUUUUGAUUCUCAGGAAGCUGGGAAAUGGAACAGUCUGUGCUGUCAUGGUUGUGUUCUUGGGCAAGACUCCCUCAUGUUGUUCAGUGAUGUAGUCACCGACUACUACAAGGAGACCCCGCCUCAAAAUGACCCUUGCUGUUCACGGGGCAAUAACCCAACCAAAGAAAGCUGCCUGUGUAUAACAAAUACCUGCUUAUAUAGACACCUCUUUCGGUUCCCAAUGUUACGCAGUUGUAUAUUAACCUCUAUAUAAUGGCCAACUGUCUAUAAAGGACAAUUUUCUCUCGUCCAUUGAAUCACUUUUUACACUGGUUCAACUGUAGUCCACUAUAACUGAGCAUAAUCGCAGGUGCCAAAAUUCGGACUGGUCACUACCGGUCAGAAUUUUGGAGCUUGUGAUUAUAGUCAGUUUCAUUGGACUCAAUCGACUGUAGUUGGUGCAAUUCAAGAACUUUCAUUUUAUUAGUGGUAUUCUGCACUCUUAAACACAAUUGUCAUAACAGAAUCGGAAGACCAGUCAUAGCAUCAUGCAGAUGAACUUUUUUGAUAAACUGCAUUAAUGUCUAAAUGAACACAAUUUUCAAGUGCUCUUAAACUAUUAGUUAUUCUGCAGCCGUAGCAGGAUUAGGAACCCUUAUAUUGAUGUCCCGUGGUGUUUGAAAUAGUCGUUUUACAGGUUUUCAUGUAUGUGAACAUAAUUAGUAAGUUGACUUGAGUGUUGAAUGGAAAAUAGUGACUUGUAUGGUGUAUUUUAAUGGUGUUGAAUUAUGUUCAUUAAUUGAAUGGAGGUGUUGAAUUGUAUGGUGUUGAAUGAUGUUCAGUUCAUUGAGUGUAAGUGUGUUUAAUUGUAUUAAUUGGAAUGUGUUGAAAAAUGUAUGGUGAAUGAAAUAUAUUGUAAUAAAUGAAUAGUGUUGUAUUAAAAUAGCCUGAUUAAUGUUCAGAAUUUAUUUUUUUUGUGUAAUGUAUGGAAGAGAAAGUUGUAUCAAGGGCUAAUUUCAUUGCUAUACCAAAAAUGAAGUAAAAUAAAAUGUUGGUACAAACAAAUGUA